UCAAGGCAACGUUAGUACAGAUGUUUAUCAGAAACCAACUGAUACUCAUCCAUACCUCCACUGGACAUCAGCACAUCCACCUCAUCUGAAACGGAGCAUCCCAUACAGUCAAGCCUUGAGGUUGAGGCGAAUAUGCUCUUCAACAGACACAUUGAAGAAACGAGUCCUGGAAUAUUCGGAUUUCUUUGUAACGUGUGGUUAUGUACAACGCAAAGUUAUCCACGAAAUGCAGAAAGUGCUAACAUUGACUCAAGAGAAAUGUUUACAGACCAAAGAACGUGAACCAACAGACCGAAUUCCUCUGGUUACUACAUUCAACCCCCAUACCACCUUUAUUAAAGAAAUUGCUAAACGAAAUUGGAACUUUCUCCAAUCAAAAGAAAGAUUAUCACUCAUUUUCAACAAGCCACCUUUAGUCGCCUACCGUCGACCGAAAAGUCUACGAGACAGACUUGUGCGUUCAAGAUUUGUAAAUGGAUGUAGAGCAUGUGAAAGAACGAAGUGUAGUUGGUGUAAAAUGAUCAACCAGACCACAACUUUCACCAGUCCCAAUAACAACAAGACCUUUACCAUAUUUCAUACAAUGGACUGCCAAUCGUCAUGGAUCAUUUACAUAAUCGAGUGCAACAUUUGCAAACUUCAAUACAUUGGCAAAAGCGAAACGGCAUUUAACCUACGGUUAAACAAUCAUAGAAACCAUAUUAAAAAGGGAGUGAGUAGCUGCGAACUCACUGAACACUUUUUACAUAACAAACGAACUCACGACUUUGACAAUAAUGUUACCAUAACCAUUAUAGAGCAAAUCAGAAAAAAUCAUUUAGAGACUGACAAAAAGAAAGAAGUCCUUAGAGAAAGAGAGAUUUUCUGGCAAAGAACAUUAAACUCCAUUCAGCCAUAUAGACUAAACAAAAGAACUGGAUAA